AUGGGCUGGAGAGACGACUGGCCUUCUAUGCCCGAUGGCAGCGAGUACAAUGGCAUGCAGCUACUGCCUCUAGUGCGCGCGGGCAAGAGCCCAUUCCAGGGCGUCUGGGACGUCAACCUCCCCAUCCGCGAAAUCGAAGAGCACACAAAUACCAAGAUAACAGACAUCGCAACUGUUAGGAAAGGCUCUAACAACUAUGGACUCCAUCUGAAAGCCUCAAACAGACCGGAUCUGAUGGCUCGACUUGCCCGUGGCGAUGUCAACAUGCCCGACUUUGAUGGCUUCCCGAUCGAAUGGCAGGCACCAGAAGCUGCGUUCGAGGCGGCUGUCUACGAUCUCCUGAGAACGGAGCCUGCCAUUCGAGCAUCCCGCCUGAUCUAUCACCGCGUGCCGGUUCUACAUCCCGGUCCAAACCGUUCCAUCCCCCUCGACCUCGCUGGACGCCGGCUUUUCGUCUUCGAAAAAGCGGAGGGCCGGGAUAAAGUAUGGCGCGAGCUCAGUAAACCUGACAAACUGCGCCUCCUUGACCAACUGGCCACCGUCCAAGCCGCUUUGUUCCACUAUACCCCGCCGCUCGACUUCGCGCAGCGCCACCUCCUCGACCGCCUCUACGACUUCAUGCCGGAAACUCUAUCUCACCCCGUAGCCCCAACGCGUGAGUUCUGGCUGCACGUCAUGGAAGCCAAGAUCGACGCGACGAUCCGGAACGAAGGGGCCCUGAUCGGCUGGGAGGACGAUCACGAGACCGUUGGGCCCGGUGCGCUGGCGGCAAAGAAGUCUCUCUUACGUGCACUGCCCCAUCUCAUACCGCGCGAAACCACCGACGGGUCUCUGUACCGUCUUGCUCUCGACCAUGGGGACUUUGGUGUCCAUAACACCACAGUCAAGGUUACUGAAAGUAAGGGCCGCGGACCCCUCGUCACUUCCCUCUUCGACUGGGAGACGGGUUGUAUCGUCCCGGCAAUCCUGUCGGACCCCUUGGUGGCCGUCGACCCCGUUGACUUGGCCGCUGAUGAGCGGGGAGAACCAUCCGUGGCCCGGAUUAUUCCGAAAGAGCAUGCGUCGUCUGAUAUGGAGAGAUAUACUGGGUGGGCGUGUCAUUAUAUCCAGAGCCUGUACACCAACGCACCCGAUUACAAAUUCGCUAUCCAAGCUGGCAAGGACAUCCGGCACUAG